GGCCAUUUUGGCCCAACCCGUCCGUCCUGUUGCUUCAGUCGAUGCCACGCUUCGGCUGCUCUACGACGCAGGUCAGCAAUGGUGACCGAGGAAUUGGCUUGAAUGAUCUUAAAAAUUACGGAGUAGUUGCUGUUCACUAUUUCAGUUCGUCUGUUUAUUUAUUUUUGGGAUUCGAUUUGUUUAGUUUGAUCGAUCUUCUUCAUUCGAAUUCUCACCGUCGCCUUACAUAAGCAAAAAGCACCGGGAUCAUAGUUCACGCAUCCAGGAGCAAGGAGGGCAAAUUUUCAUUGCAAGCGAAUGGUGUUCGGUCAGAUAGUGAUUGGCCCGCCCGGUUCGGGCAAAACCACUUACUGCAAUGGCAUGUCUCAGUUCCUCCGGCUCAUCGGACGGAAAGUUGCUGUGAUUAACUUGGAUCCUGCAAAUGACAAUUUACCUUAUGAAUGUGCCAUCAAUAUUGAGGAUCUCAUUAAACUGAGUGAUGUGAUGGUUGAGCACUCUCUAGGUCCCAAUGGAGGACUUGUAUAUUGCAUGGACUAUCUUGAGAAGAAUAUUGACUGGUUAGAGUCUAAGUUGAAACCCCUCUUAAAAGAUCACUACUUUCUCUUUGACUUCCCUGGUCAGGUGGAGCUAUUCUUUCUUCAUGAAAAUGCCAAAAAAGUUAUCAUGAAACUCAUCAAGAACUUAAAUCUUAGGUUAACUGCAGUACAUUUAGUUGAUGCACAUCUCUGCAGUGAUCCUGGAAAGUAUGUAAGUGCAUUACUGUUGUCACUAUCAACCAUGUUACACUUGGAAUUGCCACAUGUCAAUGUUCUGUCCAAGAUCGAUCUUAUUGAAAGUUACGGAAAGCUAGCCUUUAAUCUAGAUUUCUAUACAGACGUACAAGAUUUAUCUUACUUGCAGUAUCAUCUCGAUAAGGAUCCACGCUCUUCAAAUUACAGAAAGCUUACAAAGGAGCUCUGUGAGGUGGUAGAAAAUUUUUCACUGCUGUCAUUCACAACAUUAGAUAUUCAGGACAAGGUGAGUGUUGGGAAUCUUGUUAAAUUGAUCGACAAGACCAAUGGCUACAUCUUUUCUGGCAUCGACGCUACUGCAGUCGAAUUCAGCAAAAUUGCAGUUGGUCCUGUUGACUGGGAUUACUAUAGAUAUCCUUUUUUUCACCUAUGUGAUUACUUAUUCUCUUGGGGCAUAUGGUCAUGUUUGGUACCCACAAAGACAGAAACACUUGUCUGAAAGGUUUCGUGGAGCUUGCUCCUUUAAGACCAACAAUGUCACUGUAGAACUAAAAGCCAAUUUGUUAGGGGCUUUUGUUUUGGCUUAUUAUUACCACUAUUAGCUUCUUCUAUUUUUCACAAAACACUACCACGUGUACUUCUGUAUGGUUCAUUGCCGAAAAACGGUUAACAGAAUUGCAUCCCUUAACUCAUAAAACACAGUUGCUGCAGUGCAAGAGAAAUACAUUAAAGAUGAUGAAGAUGGUUUUGAUGAUGAUGUCUGAUCGAUGGAACUGCGUUGAUUUCAAUGAUUUGUAUGUUUUGGUUUGCAACCUUGGGCUGGUGCUGGAAAAUUUUGUACGUUGUAUCAAAUUUUAUGGCUCAUUUGGUCCAAGUUGUACCAUUGUUGAAAAUACUCCCCUGUUGUGCGUUGUUUUCAUUAACAUAUCUGAUCUGUGAAAAUUAUAGGGUUUCAUUGAUGAAUAUACCAUUUAUAGGGCU